AUGCCUUCAUUCCUCGCCAGUCUUCGGCGGAGAUCCAAGGGCGAUGUUAGAGCAAAGCAAUUCGAAGGCGAGCCAAAAGCCGCAACUUCCGCUACGGCCAAUGGCCAUGCCGUCAAUACUAUUAAUAAUGCCAUCGGUCGAAGGAAGUCUUCCUCAACACUGGCAUCCUCCGCUACAACACCUGCAACAUCCUCCGCAUCUGACGACGUGCAUCCAGCUUCUAAAGGUCCAAAAACUGGCAAUACACCAUUACCUCCUGCCCUCCCUGUGCGACCAACUAUAAAUACCAACACCAAACGAUACAGCAUGAAUGGCCUAAACUCCGCCUCCUCCAAUGGCUCCCAAAUGUCAAUCAAUCGCUCAUCGCUGCUUGCCCCACGCGUCACCUCCGUUUCGGAUAAUUCUUGGGCAAAACAGGUACACCAGCAAGUUCUGCUCAUCAAUGGUCAGAUCGGCGACACCAUAGCUAGGCCAUUGGACGGUCAAAUCGUCGUAAACCAUCAUCAAGGUCGAUUCCCAGCCACCGUGUGGCCAGUCUGUGACUCCCACUUCAAAGCCCUCAUUCACCUUGAACCGGGACAUAACCAGAUUCGGCUUGAUUUUACUUCACCGAAAGUCUCGAACGGUGGUUCGUCGGUUCCAUCUCACGCCUCCUUCUUGCAUGUCAAUUACCUACCUCUCAACGACUGUCCUCCCCUGCAGCUGGCCAUCAUCCUUGGCAGCGAUUCCGACGGCACAUACGAUGCUACCCCCGAUCGAAAGAACCGGGAAGGCAAUGGACUCGAUCUUGCCAUCAAGAAAUUCCGCAUGUCUGCGUACCUGUGGCAAGCUUUCACCGGGGAGCAAAUGUACAGGCAGGGCUUCGGCCGUCGAUGUUUCCGGUUCGAGGAUUCAUGGGAGCCAGGCACCCUCAAUGUCCAGGAUUGGAAUUCCGGAGAGUACAGGUCUCAGGCCAAGAUACAUCUCAUCCGAUCAAAAAGGACCGUUGCGGAGAUCCGAGACUUGGAAUUUGCCCAACAAUAUGGACCAGCUAAGAAGAAGAACGAGCUGUAUGACAUUGCUAUGGAUGAAGUCAAGACAUAUUUCGGCUCUCGCCAGGGCCAGAAAACCUUUGUCUCAUGCCUGUUCCUCGAUACGCAAUGGGAUCCAAAGGUCAAAACUAUCCGAGGUCACGCUGCACUGGGUGGAGGGGAUAAUAACUUUGGGCUAGCCAUCUUUGGUUCUCAUGCACUACAGAGCUACCCAGCUUGUCUCCAGGAGGUUCCACCAGCUUUCGGCGAUUGCACCCGCACUGACACAGCAUUCGUGGCCAAUGAUCUGAACGAAUGCGGCAGCAGUUGGGAGGCGGCCAAUAUCGGGAUUGGCGCACAUAUGCACGAAACUGGCCAUUUGUUUGGCUGCCCACAUCAAGAGAGCGGCGUCAUGCUGCGUGACUACGUCACUCUGAAUCGAACAUUUGUUGCGAGAGAACCGUACUCGACACGCACCAAAUCCCCCGGCCAGCGGCUCGUCCUUCCGCAACACGAGUGUGCGUGGCAUAGACUCGACACUCUGCGGUUUCGAUUCCAUCCAUGCUUUCGUAUCCCACUGGAUGCUAAUGUGGUCGACAAUAGUGUGCAGGUAUGGACUGUAGACAGCGGCCAAGGAGGGGUAAUAGCUACAUCCAAGUCGGGCGUUGCGUGGGUGGAACUGUAUACUCCCGAUGAUGAUGUAUGUCACCAUUGGAAAGAGUGGCCCGAGAUCGAUAUGCAGUACCCUCGACAGGUUACACUAGUCGACGCAGAACUCCGCGGCAUGUUACCCAAAGAUAAGCGCAAUUCCCGAUUGAAGCUCGAAAUUUUCUCCGCAGGUGGCGGAAAGCUCGUAGUAGAGGACUUUGCAAAAUUGACCGAUCAGAAAUCUGCACGAGUCAAACUGCCCGAUGGGCGAUUGGGAUACCGUGGGGGAAAGUUGGGUUAUUCGCAGAUGGAGGGAUCUCAGCCUCAAGAGGUUAUCUUGGAUAGUGCCUACAUUCAGACGAAACUGCUGGUGUCCAUCAAAGUCUAUCACGGAUUUGCAUUGGAUGGGGUCGAGUUCAUAUAUGAAGAUUCGACUACCCAACUUUUUGGCAAGCGAGGCGGAAAGCCUGGAGGAUCCGAUUUCUUCCUUGACACCCGGAAAGGAGAAAUGCUUAUGGGUUUUGCACUCCGGGCUGGUUUGUGGAUUGAUGGAUUGCAAAUUUUGACCACCCAGGGACGGAAGAGCGAGUGGUUUGGAAAUCCCACUGGCGGUAGCGGCCACACGCUCAUCCCUCCUCGCGGUUAUACCAUUGGCGGCAUAUCUGGUUCUUGUGCUCAGUGGGUCGAUGGUUUCUCGCUGAUCAUCACGCGAUGA